GUUCAUGAACAAGAAGGGUAUAGAAUAUGUGGGAGGAGAGAUACAUGUUAUUAGGGGAAUCGAUCCCGACAUGUGGUCAUACUUUGAAGCGGUGGGAAUUGUUACAGAAUUCAAGUAUGAUGGAGAAUUCAAGCUUUGGUGGAAGGGUUCGAAACAAAAGGCAAUGAACAACCUUAGACCACUGACAGAUGACAGAGAAGCCAUUUUGUUGUCUAACUAUGCAGAGGCAAAUAAGGAGGAAGUUGAAAUUUAUGUUCAACAUGGGCAACCCAGUCAGGCAGAGGAAAUUAGUUUUCUUACAUUUGGUGAGGAGGCAGAGGAAAUAAGAGCAGAGGAGAUGGAGGAACAAGUUGUUAUGGAUGAAGAAAAUAUUGGUGGGGUGGAGGGAAAUGUUGAAGUAGAAGACUUGGUACUAGAUGACGAAGAGGAAGAGGGGAAUGUUGAGGGAGAAAUGGUGGAAGAGCAAGAUGAAGAGCAAGAUGAAGAGCAAGAUGAAGAGAAAGAUGAAGAGCAAGGUGAAGUGCAAGGUGAAGAAGGCAAUGUUGUUGAGGGCGAAGGGAUGGAAAAUGUUGAUGACAGUGAGGAGGAGAGAAUGGCAAAUGAUGAUGAUGGGUUUGGGAUGGACAAUGUGACGGUGGAGGAAGAGAGAAGAAAUAUUAAUCCAGUUUUGGAUAGGUGGAAGAAAAUGAAAAAGAAAAAGAAAAGUGUUAGGAAGAGAUUUCAAGAUAGUGAGGCGGCAUUUGUCAUUAACGAAGAGGUUGGACAACAUGAGAUAAAUGAAGAUUAUGAUACAUAGGACUUGUCCUCAAAUGUAGAUAGUAAUGAGGAUGUGAUGGAGAAAAAAAGGCACUUUCCAAGGUAUAAAGCAGAAGAUAUGAGUAGGGGAUUCAAUUUUAGAUUGGGAAUGGAGUUUAAGUCUUUGAAGGAUUUUAAGAGUGCCCUACAGGAGAAUAGCGUGUUGAAUGGAAAAGAAGUGAAGUUUGUCAAGAAUGAUUUGAAGAGAGUAAGGGCAGUUUGUAAGAAAGGGUGUGGUUUUCUUAUUAUGGCUAGCAAGGUAGGAAGUAGCCAAACCUUUAGAGUCAAAACUCUAGUUGGGCACAAUUGUGGA